CAGUCGAGAUCGAGAACAAGAAAGAAGUGAGACAGAGAAGCACGAUGGAUGAAUUCAGAUGGAUUCAAAUGUUUUCAUGUCUGAUGCUGAUGAUUCAGAUUGUAGUUUUUGCAAAUGAAAAAUCCUUUUUUACAAAAGUUGGAGAUGACGUCACUCUGCCUUGUCUAAAUGUGCUAGAUGAGCAGAAUAACUGUGACGGUACUACGUGGACCUUUAUUUCAAGAAAUAAAACAGCAGCAGAGCUGAUCACACUUGGACAGAUUAGUGAAAAACUCAAAACUAAAUCAGACAGACUGAAUGUUACAGCGAACUGUUCUCUGCGUAUAAAGAAGCUCACGAUUGAGGAUGUUGGUCUUUAUUCCUGUAAACAAUACCAAUUAGGAGAAACAGAGGGUCACAAAAUUCUGGUUCAUCAUUCUUUAUUUGAUCUCUCUGUUAUUACCUUGAAUGAAUACGAGGACAAUGAUAGGAUGACAUUAAACUGCUCUGUGUUGACGUAUGGAAGGUGCCGUCACACAGUGAAGUGGCUGAUUAAAGGUCACGAUGUGGACAAAGAGAACAACCAAGUAGUGACCUCACACACUGACUGCUCCACCACCGUUUCAUUUCCGAAGUCUCAUUUUAUUCAUUCACCAAAAUAUCAGUUACUGAAGUGUGAAGUGACUGAUACUAAGACAAAGAGAGUGCAGCAGUUUACCUUCAGUCAGCAGCCCUCAGAUUUUUUUCUAUUGUUGAAAAUCGUUAUUGUCUCUGUGGGUUUAGCCGUGCUUACAAUAACUGUUGUCACAGUUAACAUCUGGACAAGAACUAAAGUUAAUAAAGCACAGACGGACAAAAACACAGUUCAGGAUGAUGACAAAGAUGAUGCAUACAGCACUGUGAAGGCUCCUUCCUCUUCUGCUGCAGCCACUGCUCAUCCCAGCAACAUCUACUCUACUGUCAGUUUUCCAGCCAUAUAGUUCAAAUAUUAUACAAAAAGGAUUUCAAAGACUAUUUUUGUUUUGAUUUCUCAUGGAGAAAUUUGUUAGCAAUAUGCUAAAUGGUUUAAAAUAUUCCUGUUAGAUUGCCUGUGUUACAGGCAAUCUAACAGGAUCUAAUGUGACACAGAGAUGUGGAACACAUUGUUUUAUUUAAUAUGUCUAAAAAAGAAACACCUGUUACUGUGAGAGUGCCGGCUGUAUUAUUGUUCUAUACAGCAAUGCUGUUUUCUUUUGUCUAUAAAUAUAUAAAUAAUGUAUUUUUGCAUUUUUUAAUGAAAAUAUAGUUGAUGCCUGGUUUAUUUUCACAAGGUUAUGAAGUGAAGACAAGACUGGGUGGAUGGAAAACAUACAGCUAUUACACCAGAUACAAGAUAGUUUCUCAAUAUAAACUUUGUCUCUCAGUACAUGGUAAACUUUUGCUGUAUGAAACCAAACCAGUGUCUUUCUAUCUAACCACAAAAACUUUAUAUAGACAUUAAUGUUGUUAGUAAUCAGAAACAUAUGGGGUUACAUUUUCAUUAAAAAUCUGUUUGUUGUUUCAGUUUAAGCCAGUAAAAUAACCUGAGAAAAGAUGGCAGCUGGCCAGCAGCGUUCAGCGUCAUCAUCCUCUGGGUUUAUGUUGUAUUUGAGGUUUGAAUUCCUGUUUUGAUGUCUUUAGCAUUCUGGUGAUGCUGAGCUUUAGUUUUGUUGUAUUAUUUGAGUUUUUGAGUUCUGGUUGGUGUUUAGUUUUUAUUGAGUUUUGGUGCCUAUUUGGAGUAUUUUUUGUGUGUUUUUACUUCAUGUCUCAUUUACGUACUUGUACCCUUUCUCUUAUCAUGUUUUGUGGGAUUUGUAGUUUUAGUUGUCUUUCCUGUUUUCCUUUGAAGGUGACUUUAAUUUUCUGUGUUAAUUGCUUCUUUCUGCUGGGAUCUUCUGCUCUGCCCUAAUUGUUUUCACCUGUGUGUAAUUACAUUCAUCCCCUCCAAAUCAUCAUCAUUCAUCAGUUAUAGUCCUGUC